AUGGAAGAACUGAAUAUUAAUUUCGACAUAUUCAAGAAAAGAAUUGAAUCAUUGUAUUCCAAAUAUAACGAGUUCGAUGGUUCUCCAAAUUCUUUACUGUUCGUUUUGGGUUCGUCCAAUGCAGAAAAUCCGUACCAGAAGACGACCAUUCUGCAUAACUGGUUAUUGGGCUAUGAAUUUCCGGCUACCUUGAUUGCAUUAGUUCCUGGAAAGCUUAUUAUUGUCACCAGUUCUGCCAAGGCCAAGCAUUUACAAAAGGCAGUUGACCUAUUCAAAGACUCUGAAAGUAAAAUUACACUUGAAUUAUGGCAGAGAAACAAUAAAGAACCAGAACAUAAUAAGAAGUUGUUUGAUGAUGUUAUAGCUUUAAUCAAUAGUUCUGGUAAAACAGUCGGUAUUCCUGAAAAGGACUCUUAUCAAGGCAAAUUUAUGACGGAAUGGAACCCAAUAUGGGAGGCAGCUGUGAAGGAAAACGAAUUCAAUGUCAUUGAUAUCUCUCUUGGUCUCUCCAAAGUUUGGGAAGUUAAGGAUGCAAAUGAACAAGCAUAUUUGUCUGUUUCCAGUAAAGGAUCUGAUAAAUUCAUGGAUCUUUUAUCUAAUGAAAUGGUUCGUGCCGUUGACGAAGAAUUGAAGAUCACCAAUGCCAAAUUAUCAGACAAAAUUGAGAAUAAAAUUGAUGAUGUUAAAUUUUUGAAACAACUAAGUCCUGAUUUGAGCGCAUUGUGCCCGCCAAAUCACAAGUUCAACUUUGAUUUAUUGGAUUGGACUUAUUCUCCUAUCAUUCAGUCAGGGAAAAAGUUUGACCUUAGGGUUUCUGCCCGUUCCACCAACGACCAGUUGUAUGGUAACGGUUGUAUUUUAGCUUCAUGUGGUAUCCGUUACAAUAAUUACUGCUCCAAUAUUACCAGGACCUUUUUGAUCGAUCCAUCCGAAGAAAUGGUUAAUAACUACGAUUUUUUACUAACUCUACAGAAAGAGAUUGUAACGAAUAUUUUAACGGCUGGUCGUACGCCAAAAGAAGUGUAUGAGUUAGUUAUCGCUUUCAUUGAAAAAUCCAAGCCUGAAUUAGUACCCAAUUUUACUAAAAACAUUGGCUCGUUGAUCGGUCUUGAAUUUAGGGAUUCCAACUUUAUACUUAACGUUAAGAAUGAUUAUCGUAAGAUCCAACGUGGCGAUUGCUUUAACCUUUCGUUCGGUUUUAAUAAUCUGAAAGAUUCUCAAAGUGAUAGCAAUUAUGCCUUACAACUAGCUGAUACAGUCCAGAUUCCAGUUGACGAAGCAGAGCCUUUACGAUUUCUAACAAAUUACACUAAAGCUAAAUCACAAAUUUCUUUUUAUUUCAAUAACGAGGAGGAAGACAAUAAUAAAAAGAAAUCUUCGCCAUCCACUAAGGUUCCUAGUAAACCAGAUAGAAAUUCCAAAAUUUUAAGAACGAAGUUACGUGGUGAGGCUCGUGGUGGUGCUGAAGACGCUCAAAAGGAACAAAUUCGUAAAGAAAACCAAAAGAAACUGCACGAAAAAUUAGAGAAAAAUGGAUUACUGAGAUUUAGCGCUGCUGAUGCCAAUGGUCCAGAUAGCGAACCUCGUCAAUACUUCAAAAAAUAUGAAUCCUAUGUUCGGGAUUCACAACUACCAACUAAUAUUCGUGACCUAAGAAUCCACGUUGACUGGAAAAGCCAGACAAUUAUUCUACCCAUUUAUGGCAGGCCAGUUCCAUUCCAUAUAAACUCAUAUAAGAAUGGUUCUAAGAACGAAGAAGGCGAAUAUACGUAUUUACGUUUGAACUUCAAUUCACCGGGGUCUUCUGGCGGUAUUUCUAAGAAAGUAGAAGAAUUGCCAUACGAGGAAUCUUCUGAUAAUCAAUUUGUACGUUCAAUCACUUUAAGAUCUAAGGAUGGUGAUCGCAUGAGCGAAACCUUCAAACAAAUCGCCGAUUUAAAAAAAGAAGCAACGAAGAGGGAGCAAGAACGUAAAGCACUUGCUGAUGUUGUUCAACAAGAUAAGUUGAUUGAAAAUAAAACGGGAAGAACAAAAAGACUGGAUCAAAUUUUUGUCAGACCAAAUCCUGAUACAAAACGUGUUCCAAGUACAGUCUUUAUUCAUGAAAAUGGUAUUAGAUUCCAGUCACCAUUGAGGACCGAUAGUAGAAUUGAUAUAUUGUUUUCCAACAUCAAAAAUCUAAUUUUCCAAUCUUGUAAGGGUGAACUAAUUGUUGUCAUUCAUAUUCAUUUGAAGAACCCGAUUUUAAUGGGUAAAAAGAAAAUUCAAGACGUUCAAUUUUAUCGCGAAGCUUCUGACAUGUCUGUUGAUGAGACUGGAGGUGGAAGACGCGGCCAAUCCAGAUUUAGAAGAUAUGGUGAUGAGGAUGAACUAGAACAAGAGCAAGAAGAAAGAAGAAAGCGAGCUGCGCUUGAUAAAGAAUUUAAGUAUUUUGCAGAUGCAAUUGCAGAGGCAUCGAACGGUUUACUGACUGUGGAGAAUACGUUCAGAGAUUUAGGCUUUCAAGGUGUUCCCAAUAGAUCGGCAGUUUUUUGUAUGCCAACUACAGAUUGUUUGGUUCAAUUGAUUGAACCACCGUUUUUGGUCAUUAAUCUGGAGGAGGUUGAAAUCUGUAUUUUAGAGAGAGUUCAAUUUGGCUUGAAGAACUUCGACAUGGUUUUCGUUUAUAAAGAUUUUAAUAAGCCCGUUACACACAUCAAUACGGUUCCAAUAGAAUCUUUAGAUUUCUUAAAGCAAUGGUUGACAGACAUGGACAUUCCCUACACUGUUUCAACGAUCAAUUUGAAUUGGGCUACAAUUAUGAAGUCUUUACAAGAUGAUCCAUACCAGUUUUUCUUGGACGGUGGCUGGAACUUCCUGGCUACUGGUUCUGAUGAUGAAGCAUCUGAUGAAAGUGAGGAAGAAGUUAGUGAAUAUGAGGCUUCUGAAGACGACGUAAGUGAUGAAAGUGCUUUUUCUGAAGAUGAAGAAGGAUCUGAGGUGGACGAUGAUAUUAGCGGUGAUGAAAGUGAGGACUAUAGCGGCGAUGAAAGUGAAGAAGGUGAAGAUUGGGACGAAUUAGAGAAAAAGGCUGCUAGAGCUGACAGGGGUGCAAACUUUAGAGACUAG